CCGAAAACAUGGCGAGACUAAAUUGGUUGUUCCAUUUAUUGUUUACGAUGCGGCCAAUGUCCUGCCAAGUCUGGGGAAGAGCUGCCGAUCUCAGCCAACGGAUUACAAUCCGAUUGUGUGCCACCGCCCUAUGCUGCAAGGCUACGCAACGUUUCCCGGUGCCAAUGAUUCCGUCGAACUGUGAUAGCUACAGACAAAAUCAUCACGGCCAUCGCGAUGGAUACCAAUUGCGUGAUGUCGUUUCGACAUCCCAGAGAAGCUCAGCGCAAACCCAUGAGUCAGGAUCUGAUAAAAAGUUCCAGACGCCAUGAUCCGGACUCGCUGUAGAUUGAUAAUCACCAUGUACAGAACGGAACAAGUCCCUCAUCGGCGUCCGUUCGGUAGCCGAGGACGCUGUCAUGGAAAAUGGUUCAACGAUGCUUCCUUGGACGACAAGUGGGAUUGGAUAGAUGGGUGUUAACCGUUGCAGUAUCCACGACCAUGACGAGUUCAACGCAAGGAUAAAAAGGUCGCUCCCAUCUCUCCCCAGCCGUUUGAGUUGUGAUUGCUUCCUUUCAAACCCAUUGUGAACCUCUGCACCGACUGCACUGUCAGAGGAGUCCUUCUGUACUUUGCCCAAGCUUCAUCCUAAACUCUGUCUUUCCAACCUGCACCUACCUAUACUCCGUUCGCAACCAUGGCUCGCAUGCCUCUUUCUACCAAGAUUGCCCACAUCACCUCCAUUGAGCAGGGCGCUGAAAAGGCUCUCGUCUGUAAAGAUCCGGACUUAGAACAUGCCAUCUCCAACACAGAGGCCAGCGGAAUUCCCCCCAUCAGCGUCUCUCCGCUCCAAGGCCAGUUCCUGGCCAUCCAGGCACGGCUCAUGGGAGCCAAGACGGUCCUUGAGCUCGGUGCGCUGGGCGGCUACUCGUCCAUCUGGCUAGCUAAGACUGGCGCUGCCGUGACGAGCAUUGAGAUUGACCCAAAACACCAGGCUGUAGCGAGUGACAACUUGCGUGCAGCUGGUUUCACCCCCCACGUCAUCCUUGGUGAUGCCCUGAAAGUCCUUCCCGAGCUCGUCGAGAAGGAGAGACAAUUUGACAUGGUGUUUAUCGAUGCAGACUGGGAGAAUCAAACCAAAUACUUUGAAUGGGCUCUUAAGCUGACGCGCAAGGGCGGCUGCAUUCUCAUCGACAAUGUUGUUCAGCAGCUCAUCGACGGCCAUGGAGGCAGCACUGGCGAGGGCACGCUAGUAGCUAGAGUUGGUGCCGAGGAAAGCGUCAUUGCGACUCUUGUGCCGCGCAUAUCAGGAUUCGAGGGCGUGGUUGACAAUGCCUUCAUUGAUGGGUUUAUCAUAGCAACUGUUCUCUGAGAACUUCUCAAAGCGAUCACCAAAUCUGGGUGAAGUCAAACAGUGGGCGAAAACUGGGUGGCCUCCCGAAUUUUCCUAUAACAAGGGUUGUAUGUACUGUCAAAUCACAUUUUUAACCUUUAAUCGUGCCCAAGUUUUAGAAUGAGUGGAGAUACAUAGUGAGGACAUUCACGAGCACUGACA